GACGCUAAAACUUUCGGGAAAUGUCGACAGCAACUGGCGGACCUUCAAGCAGUAGUUCCAGCUUUACAUCACGGCCAUGGGACUGGAAACUAAGCCGGAUGCUAGGAAGGUAGCGCUACUGCUAACUAUAGCAGGCCCACAGGCGAUAGAAGUGUACAAUACUUUUGUGUAUGAAGAGCAGGCUGAUAAAGACAAACUGGAUAAAGUGCUCGAGAAAUUGUAUGCCCACUACUCUCCCAGAAAGAACGAAACAUACGAGAGAUAUGUAUUCCGUUCACGUGUGCAGCAGCAUGAGCCUUUUGAUAGCUUUCUGACUGACCUGAAGCUAAAAGCACAGUCAUGCAACUUUGCUACGCUGAGGGACUCCAUGAUACGGGACCAGAUCGUUUUUGGCGUGGAGGAGGAUACAAAGGUCAGAGAAAGGCUGCUAAGGGAAACGGAGCUGACAUGUGAAGCAGCUAUACAAAUCUGCCAUGAUGCAAGCGAGCUGUCCCAAAUGCACGUCAGGACUUUCAGCGAGAUGGCGGGCGCGGCUAACGUGAGUGAUGGCGCAGCAGUUGGUGCGGUCUCCAGCCAAGGCAAAUGGCGCGCACAGACGCGGCCUACACAGCGGUCGGAAGAAGGGACAUUCAGCUGUAAGCGCUGCGGCUCGAAGCACAAACCACGACAGUGUCCGGCAUUUGCUGUGUAUGUUAUAUGUAUAUGAGAUGUGCCGUUGCCCGGACGCCAUUGGAUGCCAGUUUCCUGUCCCUCCUUCGGUAGGCGUGACCGAAGAUCUGGAUUGGAGCAGGUCGGGCCCGACUCACCAAUCCCUGCCCACACCUUCCGGGGACUCUUACAAGAGUGUGUGCAUCUCAGUUAGACGGGAGAGGUCUGAAUCUGUGUCAGACGGCUCUCGGUGCUCUCCUUAUGUUCUGUGUAGCU